AUGGAAAAAAAAUAUAAUAUAGCAGUAAUUGGCGCUACCGCAUCAAAUGAUUCUAUAGGAACAGAUAUUCAGUUUGGCAAUCUUACUCUUAAGGUUUCCACAUUAGACAACUUUAAUUUUAGUAAAAUUGAUAUAGCUUUUUUUGCAGCCGGAUCGAAAAUAUCAAGAGAACAUAUACCUCAAGCUACAAGCAAAGGAUGUAUUGUUAUUGAUAAAUCUUCAUUUUUUAGAUUUGAUAAAGAUGUACCAUUAAUCGUACCAGAAGCAAAUUUAUCAGACAUAAAAAAUUAUAAUAUUAAAAAUAUUAUUGCUAGUCCAAAUUGUUGUACAAUUCCUAUAGUUACUACGUUAAAACCACUUGAUAAUGAAGCUAUAAUAAAAAGGAUAGUAGCAUCUACUUACCAAUCAGUUUCAGGAGCUGGCAAAUUAGCUAUGGACGAACUUUAUAACCAAACUAAAGCAAAGUAUAUCUUUGAUGAUUUACCCCCCAAAAUAUUUCCUAAACAAAUAGCUUUUAACUUAUUUCCACAUAUAGGUGAUUUUAACCAAGAUGGUUCUACUACUGAAGAAUUUAAAAUUUCUCUUGAAUUAGAGAAAAUUAUAAACCCUUAUGUUAAAUCUAAUAUUACUUGUGUUAGAGUUCCUGUAUUCAUAUCCCAUGCUAUUUCACUUAAUGUAGAAUUUAAAAAACAAAUUAACGCUAAAGAAGCAGAGAAGAUUUUAAAAGAAUCAGAUAGUAUUAAACUCCACUCUAUUUCAGAUAAGCUACAAUAUUCCUCACCAAUAGAUGUUGCAGGAGAUGAUUUUGUUCAUGUUUCACGCAUUAGAAAUGAUAAGAGUCAAAAAAAUACUUUAAGCUUAUGGAUAACUUCAGAUAAUUUACGCAAGGGAGCUGCUUUAAAUGCAGUACAAAUAGCAGAAGAAUUAGUUAAACAAUAUUUAUAA